CUCAGUUGUGUGAUGUGUUUGUUUGGGUUCGUGGACCAGGUGCUCAGUUGUGUGAUGUGUUCGUUUGGGUUCCUCAGCCUCAGCCUGUACCUUUCUUCGCUUUCUCUGGUGACUGCAGACACAUGUUCUCUGGUUCUGAAACCAUCCAGUCUGACAGUGAGGUACGGGGACCCUGCCUCCGCCACCUGUUUCUCUCUGGCCAGUUCCCCCGAAAUCCUUGGCUGGACGGACCCACAGCAAGACAGGCCAGCCAUUGUGGGCAGGAGCCUAACCUGGAGCGUGGAUACUGUGACGUCCUGGGACCUCUCUCCCUCCAUCCAGUGCUUCACGUUGUCAGAUUUGGGAGAAUAUUGCGCGGUUUCUCUCAGUAUCAUUAUUUACAAGCCUCCAGACAGUGUAUCUCUCCGUUUUGUGAGUGGAUCUGGUCUAAUGGUUGAGGGGAAUCAGUACCAGCUGGAGUGUGAGAUCCAAAGUGUGGCUCCUGUUCAGAACCUCACAGUGAAAUGGUUCAGAGGAAAAACAUUGCUGAAUGAAUCCAAUGUCUCUGAGUUCUCUGUCACAGGCAACAUUCAUGAAAAUGUGACAGUGACUGACAGAUAUACCAUCACAGCCAGUAGAGAUGACCACGGAGUCCAGUAUAAAUGUGAAGCUGAACUAAAGCUGGGUUUGCCUGAAUCCCUGAAACAACAGUCAGAACCCCUCAACAUGACUGUGCUCUAUGGUCCAGAAGUCACCUGUCCAAACAGGAUCAGGGUCAGAGACAGUUUUAACUGUACAGUCGUGGGGUAUCCCAUACCUGUAGUCAGCUGGUUCAAUGCUCAUCAGAGAAUGGAAAAUCCAGGUUCUCUGCUCACAGACGUUGGAAACUACACGGUCAGAGCACAAAGCAUUUUGGGUAAUUCCACCCAUGUGAUUGAGGUGGUGGACUUUUCUGACAGCGGCAGUGUGCACUUGACAUGUGGGUGUGGUGUCGUAGUCUUGUUGGUGUCUUUGCUGACUCAUUCGUUAUGACGACACUGUUUUUGGAACAUCUGGUCAAACACUGGUGAAUUUCUCCACGGUUCAAACGGAAGAGUUUCUGAACCCUGUUAUGAUCCACGUUCUUUCAUUGGGUGUUAGAGGACACUUUCUGUCACCUGUGCAGAGAAACUGUCAUGGGGAAAGGGAAAUGACAUGAGUUCUGGACUGAUGGGAGAGGGUUAUGGGAUUAGUGCUGGAGUGAUGGGAGAGGAUGAUGGGAUUAGUGCUGGAGUGAUGGGAGAGGGUUAUGGAAUUAGUGCUGGAGUGAUGGGAGACGGUUAUGGGAUUAGUGCUGGAGUGAUGGGAGAGGGUUAUGGGAUUAGUGUUGGAGUGAUGGGAGAAGGUUGUGGGUUUAGUGUUGGAGUGAUGGGAGAAGGUUGUGGGUUUAGUGUUGGAGUGUUGGGAGAGGGUGAUGGGAUUAGUGUUGGAGUGAUGGGAGAGGGUUAUGGGAUUAGUGUUGGAGUGUUGGGAGAGGGUGAUGGGAUUAGUGUUUGACAGAUUGUGGGUCAUGGAAUAAAUCCUGUAUUCACACUUAGUCUCAGGGAUUACUGCAUCUGUAUAUAAGUGUAAUGUAUUUGGACUGGAUUUUAGAGGGAAGGUUUUGUGUGUCUCUGACUAAAGAUGAGACACAGGAGAUUGUACUGGGUUAUGUUUAAACUGAGUUAUGUUUCCACUGUUGUCUCACCAGAGGAAGAACUGUUUUUAUUGAGUAAAUGGCCUUUUUGGGCCAUUGAUACUGUUUUAUCUAAAUGUCUGCAUCUCAAUUUACUCCAAAACCUAAACCACACUUAAUAAAUUUGUUUUUAAUUGGAGACAUUCUUCCUCACCCCAGUGUCUGAUGAAACCUUAUUUAGGUUUUGCAUCUGUGUGUGGUGGAGUCAGACAGUGGCACCAUUAGUUAUGUAAUUAG